AUGCAUAGUUUAGGCCUCCAACAGUGCUCAUAUCUUCUCCCCCCAGAGCAUUGCAGAUCCCGAGGCAGGGGACCAGAUGCUGACAUGACAGGGGGGCACCAACAUCUGCUAGUGCUGACACUCCUCUCCUCCGCCCCUCUCCGCCCCUCUCCGUCCCUCUCUGCCCCUCUCUGUCCCCCUUUGCUCCCCUCUGCCCCCAUCUGCCCCUCUACCCCCCCCUCUCCAUGGCAGGUGUUUGCAGACCCUGAGGCAGCGGAUCAGGUGCUGACGAGUGGCGCCAACAUCCAUGUGCUGGGACUCAACGUCACCACACAGGUCACACUGACAGCAUUCUUAAUGCCCCUUCCCCAUCUCCAUGCCUCCCUCACACCCCUUCUGCCUGUCCCUUAUGACCUCCUCUUCUGCUCCUUCAUCCGAAACACACCUCCCUUCCUUCUCACCCCUUCUGCUUGCCCCUUUUGCUCUCUUCUUCUGCUCCUUCAUCCGAACCGCCCCUCCCUCCCCUCUCACCCCUUCUGCCCGCCAGGCACACACCUUGCCUCCCUGUGCACGCAAGACACGGCAGCCCCUCCAGCAGCAGGCGAGAGCGAGCAUGGCACUGCGUCCUCAGCAGCAGCGGCCUCUGUGGAGGCAGAUAAGAGCGAGAGCGAGAGCCAGUACGGAGCCUCGUCCUCACCAGCAGCGUCUCUGGUGGCAUGCCUGGUGAAUGCAUAUCGGGCCCACCAGCAGCAGUCCGACCACAUGGAUGGUGUGUGGGUUGUGGUGGGUUGUGGAAUCUUCCUGCACGACGCGUGUGCAGUGGCAGCAAUCAUAGCGCCCUCACUCUUCUCCUUCAAGCGUGGUAGUGUGCGUGUGGAGUGCACCGGGGUGGGGAGAGGAUGCACUCUCAUGGACUACUCGCUCAAGAAGUGA